GUGAAGUUUUGGUGAGAGUGGGGUUGAGGUGGGGAUUGGGAGCAUGAGGAGGCAGGAGACAGAAGUGACUCAGCUAUACCUCUAUACUCCCACCUACCUGAUUAUUAUUCACCCUGCUUUUUACCUUUGGAAAAGGGCCCAACACAGAGACCAUCAUGCAGACAUCAGAGACCGGGUCGGACACAGGUUCGACAGUGACUUUACAAACAUCUGUGGCUAGUCAAGCAGCAGUGCCUACACAGGUGGUACAGCAAGUACCAGUACAACAACAGGUACAGCAGGUACAGACUGUACAGCAGGUACAACAUGUCUAUCCAGCUCAGGUGCAGUAUGUGGAAGGAAGUGAUACUGUCUAUACCAAUGGAGCAAUCCGAACAACUACUUAUCCUUACACAGAAACGCAGAUGUACAGCCAAAACACUGGAGGGAAUUACUUCGAUACGCAAGGCAGUUCCGCACAGGUGACUACCGUGGUCUCAUCCCACAGUAUGGUGGGCACUGGUGGGAUUCAGAUGGGUGUCACAGGAGGACAACUCAUCAGCAGCUCUGGAGGAACCUAUCUGAUCGGCAACUCAAUGGAGAAUUCUGGUCACUCAGUGACACACACAACUCGUGCCUCCCCAGCGACAAUUGAAAUGGCGAUUGAGACGCUGCAAAAGUCUGACGGUCUGUCCACUCACAGAAGCUCUCUUCUCAACAGCCAUCUCCAGUGGCUGUUGGACAAUUACGAGACAGCAGAAGGAGUGAGCCUUCCCAGAAGCACUCUGUACAACCACUAUCUUCGACACUGUCAGGAACACAAACUGGACCCAGUCAAUGCUGCCUCUUUUGGAAAACUAAUAAGGUCAAUUUUUAUGGGGCUACGAACCAGGAGAUUGGGCACUAGAGGAAACUCCAAGUACCAUUACUAUGGGAUUCGUGUCAAGCCAGAUUCUCCUCUUAAUCGUCUACAAGAAGACAUGCAGUAUAUGGCUAUGAGACAACAACCCAUGCAACAGAAACAAAGGUACAAGCCUAUGCAGAAAGUGGAUGGGGUUGCAGAUGGUUUCACAGGAAGUGGUCAACAGACAGGCACAUCUGUUGAGCAAACUGUAAUUGCCCAAAGCCAACAUCAUCAACAGUUUUUAGAUGCAUCUCGAGCACUUCCAGAGUUUGGAGAAGUUGAAAUCUCUUCUCUGCCAGAUGGUACUACCUUUGAGGAUAUCAAGUCACUGCAGAGUCUUUAUCGAGAGCACUGUGAGGCAAUAUUGGACGUUGUUGUGAAUCUUCAGUUUAGCCUGAUAGAAAAAUUGUGGCAAACAUUCUGGCGCUAUUCUCCCUCUACUCCAACCGAUGGCACUACUAUUACUGAAUCAAGCAAUCUGAGUGAAAUAGAAAGUCGACUUCCGAAAGCAAAGCUGAUAACUCUGUGCAAACAUGAGUCUAUCCUGAAAUGGAUGUGUAACUGUGACCAUGGGAUGUACCAGGCUUUGGUGGAGAUUCUCAUCCCCGACGUCCUUAGACCUAUUCCUAGUGCCUUGACCCAAGCCAUUCGAAAUUUUGCAAAAAGCCUUGAAGGUUGGCUUUCCAAUGCCAUGAACAAUAUCCCACAGAGAAUGAUACAAACCAAGGUUGCCGCUGUAAGUGCCUUUGCCCAGACUCUGCGAAGAUACACAUCGCUCAAUCACCUGGCCCAGGCAGCUCGUGCAGUGCUUCAGAAUACUUCCCAAAUCAACCAGAUGCUCAACGACCUCAACCGUGUUGACUUUGCCAAUGUCCAGGAACAGGCUUCCUGGGUGUGCCAGUGUGAUGACAACAUGGUUCAGAGACUAGAGACAGAUUUCAAGAUGACUCUUCAGCAGCAGAGCACCCUGGAGCAGUGGGCUGCAUGGCUGGACAAUGUCAUGAUGCAAGCACUGAAACCCUAUGAAGGAAGGCCCAGUUUUCCAAAAGCUGCCAGGCAAUUUCUGCUAAAAUGGUCUUUCUACAGCUCAAUGGUUAUUCGGGACUUAACCUUACGCAGUGCUGCUAGCUUUGGCUCCUUCCACCUGAUCCGUCUGCUCUAUGAUGAGUAUAUGUUCUACUUAGUAGAACAUCGUGUUGCUCAGGCAACAGGAGAGACACCGAUAGCAGUCAUGGGCGAGUUUGGUGAUUUAAAUGCUGUGUCUCCUGGAAAUCUGGAUAAAGAUGAAGGCAGUGAAGUGGAGAGUGAGAUGGAUGAAGAACUGGAUGACUCUUCAGAGCCUCAAGCCAAAAGAGAGAAAACAGAGCUGAGCCAGGCAUUUCCCGUGGGCUGCAUGCAGCCGGUCCUGGAGAGCAGUGUGCAGCCAAGCCUCCUGAAUCCGAUUCACAGUGAGCACAUCGUCACCAGUACUCAGACUAUCAGACAGUGCAGCGCUACAGGAAAUACCUACACUGCCGUCUAAAGAAUAUUAAAGCGUAUUUUUCCAGCUUACAUUAACCCUGUUGAUAUUGGGCUUAAGGUGAAAUUUUAAUAAGCCUGAAGGUCGACUGUUGUCAAAUUCUAUCUAUGUUGAACAUUACAUUUUUGGAGUUGUGAAAUGGAAUGGGUGUUUGUAUUUACCAGGUCUUUUUUUUUUUUUUUUAACG